UCAGCUGGGCUUCUGUGGAUACAGGGGAAUUGCCGCAAAAACGCGGCACACUUCCACGUUGAAAGAAGUAAAAUAGUGGGGAGGAAGUUUCUGUUUCGGCUCGGAGAACGUCUUCCGGUGUUCUCAAGAUGUCGGGCGAGCACAACGAGAGGUUAAUGGUCGGAGACGUCAAAAAGUUCGCCGAAGACGCGAGGAAGAUGGUGAACUCACAGGAGUUCAGUGAUGUUAAAUUUGUCAUCGGCGACGAGAGAAGAAACGUGUACGGGCACCGCUGCGUGCUGGGGUCUCGCUGUGAGGUGUUCCGGGUCAUGUUUGCCGACCACGAGCAGCGCGGGAAGGACACGACGAUGUACCCGUUUGUCUUACAGGACACGAACCCCGACGUCUUCCUCUCCAUGUUGGAGUACAUCUACACCAGCUGUGUUACACUAGACAUGCACUCGGCUAUUGAUGUUCUGGCCAUGUCUGUUGGGUAUGGACUGGGAGAACUCACCAAGCUGUGUGAGAAGUACAUCUGUGACUCCCUGUCAAUCAACAGUGCCUCGGAGGCCAUCCAGGCCGCGGUCACCUACAGUCUGGACGACCUGGGUCAGACCUGUCUCGCCUUCAUUGAAGACAACACGUCCGACGUCGUCAAGACCAAGGGCUUCCACGAGCUGUCGGACACGGCGCUGGGCGUGAUCCUACAGAGCGAUAGACUAGCGCUGGACGAGCCAGACCUGCUGGAAGCUGUGAGGGACUGGGCCACAGUUAACUCUGUUGUGGUGGGUAAGCCCGUGGCAGAAGUAGCGGAGAAAGUCAUCGGCCACGUGAGACUGCCGCUCCUCAUGCCUGACGAACUCAGCAAGGUCGAGCAGGAAAACAAGGACCAACUCGUUCCUGUGGAACAAAUCUCCUUCACCUGGAAGUUCCACGCCAUGAAGACACCGGAGACUGGAAACCCCAUCUUCAGGCUCCGCCGUGGCACAGUGGAUAGAGAACACCACAAAGUACUGCCCAAGAAGGCUGACAAGUAGACUACAGGCCUUUCUUUAACAUAUAGCAAAUUUUAUACCAUCUCACUCUCUUAUAAUAUAGGUAGUCACCAGAAUAUCAACCUUCGAUCCAGCCUUGUCAGACUUUUAUCUUUUUCUCCUUCUCCUCUUGUACUUUUGCCUGCUUCCUCCUAGUUACCACCGUGGCUUCCAUAAAAAGCUUUGAGAGUCAGACCUCAAAUUUGAUAUAACUCAAUGCCCUCAGACAGGCUUUUCAAUGAUAGCAGCUAUAUCUUUUUAACAGAUACUGGUUGUACUUACUUUGAAGUGCAGGAAAGAAAUGGCUACUUUGUAUAAAAGAUACUGUUAGGUAUGUUUUUUUCAUAGCUUUGAAUGAUAGCUGUAUAGAAUUCACUGUCUCAGUACAUACUAGUAUUACAUGUUUGUUCUGUACAGUACGGUUACCGUAAUGCACUGCAUCAGAUAUUUUGAAUCAGCUGGCAUAAUUUGCAAGUAUAUUAGAUAACCAAAAUGUAGGCAAUAGAUAUGAACAGGAAGUUCUGAAAGCUACUCUAUCUGUACAUUGGCAUAAAAGGAUCGGCAUAAAAGCUAUAUAAAUCAAGAAGAGUAAAAAUUGGAAUUAGAGGCUAUUGAAAGAUAUUACAUACAAUUCACCCUCUAGCAAUGGCUUAGAUUUUAUUGAAACGUAAAUUAUACAUGAUUAGGACCAUCUAUGAUACACAUAUCAAAAUUUAUGUUUUCAAUCCAGAUAAUUUUAAGCUGUAUUUUUUUUGUAAAUUUGAUACAAUCAUGCAAUGUGUAUAUAGAGAUUUAGAUGUAUUUAAACUUCUCAUAUGAAGUAACUAUGCAAAUAGUGUUGUAGAUAUGCUGCUGCUAAUGUUUUUUUUCAUGAGUUAACUAGUACUAAUAUAUUAAUAUAUAGUAUUGCUGUCACUGUGUAAGAAAGCCAUACUUUACAUUUUAUGGACAAGUGCCUGAAAACCAAGUUCAUGCAUACAUAACAAACUCAUUUUGGUUUUGUUUCUAUUUAUUUUGUGUACUGUUUUCAUUUGGCCACAAUAUUUUGUCCCCAAGGAUAGAUUUAUUGUUAAUAUUAUAUUCCCAGGCAUUGAAUCAGAUGUAA